AUGCCUAAUAUCUUAAUCCUCCAUGUUAGUGUUCCUCCAUGCAAAGCAUUUAUUGCAUGCAUUACACAUCUUUGCAUAGACCACCACAUUGGCUUAAGCCGAUGAUGAGAUUCUAUGCCUAAUAACUUAAUCCUCCAUGUUUAGUGUUCCUCCAUGCAAAGCCUUUAUUGCAUGUAGCUCCUACAUGCAUCCUCACAUGGACUGCUACAUUGCCUUGUGUUAAUGGUGAGGCUAUGUGCUUGAAAACUUGUUCCUCUAUGUUUAGGGUUACUUCAUGAAAAGCCUUUAUUACAUGCAACUCUUACAUGCAUUACACAUCCUCACACAGACCACCAUUGCCUUAAGUCAUCCUUACAUGCAACUCUUACCGCAUUGCCUUAAGUCAACGGUGAAAUUAUGCACCUGAAAGCUUAUUCCUCUAUGUUUGGUGUUCCUCCAUGUAAGGUGUUUAUUACAUGCAACUCCUAGAUGCAUUAGGCAUCCUUGCAUGGACCAACACAUUGACUAAAGUCAAGGAUGAGUUUUUUUUUUUUUUUUUUUUUGAGUCUUUGUACUUUGGUCAAACUUCUAAGAGGAUUCCUUUUCGACAUUUCACACACCUCAGUACAUUGGCCUGAUAUCAUAUCACAUCACAUUACAUGAGGGUGCCUAGUGUCAUUUAAUUCAAAGCGUGUGCCUCGUGGUACUUAGUUCAGAGCUGGGUGCCUCUUGGUUUGAGCUGAUGCUAUGCCUCUCAGCAUGUUGAAAAUAUUCACCCACUAGUGGGGGUCCCAACAGUGAGAUUCUAUGCCUGAAACAAUGUAUUGUUUUAUGCAAGAUAUUUAUUCAAUGCAUCAAGCAGAGGAGCUGAUGAUUCGGCACAUGAGGAUUUGAAAUGAAGGAUCAAGAUCCUCAUCCCAAGUUCAAGUUAUCGCCAACUAAUAUGGUUUAAUAGGCCCUGAUGAUCCUCAUCCACUGAUGAUAAUAUGGGCAGGGGAACGAGCCCCACAGUUACCUGGCCCUUCAGCUGAAUGGUCCAAGUGUGUGUAGCAUUUCCCAGUGGGUCAAUCGACAAUACUGUAUUUUUGGAAGAUUGCACGUAUUAAUUAUUACGGAAGGAUAUUUAGUAUAAAGUAAUUAAUUUGUUUUUCUUGCAUAUAAAAUGAGAAAUUUGAUCUUCGGCUAGCGGAGGAGAGAAGAGGAAGAACGAGAGGAGCUCUCCCGCCCGCCUCGCCAUGACCCUUCUGUACCCCCUCCGUCUGCAGAUCGGCUCCCGCUUCGGCUGGCGGCCCCAUGCCGGCGGUCGCCUCUGUAUCUCCACCCAUGUUAGGUUUCAUCGAUAACCCGCUCUCUGAUUUCUGCAUUUCCAAGCUCUUCCUCUUUGUCGUUCAUUACUCUUUGGGCCUUCUUCCCAGGUCGAGCCUCCCUUUCCCGCCGGAGAAGGCCAAGUACCACAGGGAACUCGAGGCCGCCGUCGACGCCGUCGAGAGGGCCUGCCGCCUCUGCGUUGACGUGGGUUCCCGGGCCUCCGGGGGAAACGAAAUCGGGACAGAUUUGCUUUCCUUUCGGUGCCGAAAUUUCCCCGGAUUCUAGAUGGGUUUGUCGAAUUUUGCUCAGGUGAAGAAGACGCUGGUAUCAGGCGAGGGGCGAUUCUUGGAGAAGAAGGACCAGACUCCCGUCACCGUGGCCGAUUUCGGUGUGCAGGCUCUCAUCAGCUUGGGUAACUCCUUCCUUUCUCUCGAUUCGGUCAAUCAUUUCAUCACGUCUUCUGCGUCGAUUCCCAUCUUCUUUUCGUGGGUCUCUACUGACUUGAUGAUCCUGAUGAAAUGCCAGAACUGAGCAAAUCAUUUCCUUCGAUCCCGAUGGUGGCCGAGGAGGACUCCUCGUUCUUAAGGUCGAUCUCCUCCGGUUCGCAGGAAGAUGGGGAAAGCGAUGGCCUUGUGGGCGCUGUGCUGAGAGCCGUCUCUGGCAAGGCCAGCUGUGACGAGCAGCCUCUGACUUCAGACAUUGUUCUCGCUGCGAUUGACAGAGGCGGGAAGCACGCCUUCUCCCUUGACGAGAAACCCGCAACUUACUGGGUAUUCAUAUUCUUCUUCUCCUUCAUCAUUCUCUUGUAUGUAUCUGUACCUGGUUUUGAUUAUUUUCAUAACACCAAUAAUCUCGAAUCCUUUUUCGUUAAUUACACAGCAUCUGAUUUUAACUAAAAAAUGGGUAAUUUUGGACAGCCUUCCUUAUUCCAUCCCAGUUUCUCUUCUCUUUGGUAAUUCAUCUCGUCUAGUUAUUGUGCGCAGGUGCUCGAUCCGAUUGAUGGGACGCGAGGAUUUCUGAAGGGUAAUGAUGCGCUCUAUGUGGUCUGUUCUUACACUUCUUUCUCAGGUUCUUGGAUCGUGGCCAUCGCUGUUCUUUAGUCUGAGAUGGGAUGAAAAUAGCUCGAUCGUGAUGCCAAAAGUUCUCCAAAAUAUCGCACUUUAUAUAAUUUCCCUCUGAUUUUUCUUUCCGUUUCAAUUCCAUAGUUUCAUUUUAUCAUGAUUUCACCUAUUUUACUGAUAUUUGCGAAGAUUUACCCAAACUAAUUUCUUGUAACUUUAUUUCCGUUUAAUGACCCAAAUAUUUUAGAAUAUUGAUCACUUUCCCAUCCAACAACCCCAAACUCUGAAGCUUCACCGUGAUUCAACCCCAAAUCUUCAGGUCGGCCUGGCCCUCGUUGUCGAAGGAGAUGUCGCAUUGGGGAUCAUGGGCUGCCCAAACUGGAAAAAUAAUCUCGGUGAAGAGAAAGAGGAGGAAAGAUUUAAGUCAUCGGGGCGAGGGAUGAUCAUGGUUGCCCAUGUUGGGUGUGGGACCUGGUCGCGUGAGUUCUUGGCUUCUUCGGGCAUCAUCGCUGGUGUUCUUGAGGGCUGGAAGAAAUGCUCUGUCGACCCAUGUUCGCUGAUAAAUCAGGCAAAUUUCUGCAUUCCUGAAAGUCAGACAUGGAGAUCGUUGCUACUAUCGGCCUCCUCGUAUGGUCUCCCGGAUGAUGCUGGCGGGGCAGGAAGUGAACAUGAAGUUACUCUUUUGAAAGUAUGUUGCGGGAGGUACUGCUCGAUCUCAUCGUAGUUAUCCCAAAUAAGAUGUUUUUGUUUUGAUGCAUUAUGGUCUGGUAAAUUCUUUCUGCUGGCGAUUUGAUGAUUUUUGUUUUGAGCCCAUCUGAAAUCUGCCCGAAUGGAUGAAUAAUCCGUAGAUUUUUCUUAUAAAAUAUGGAGAUAAUUUUUUUUUUUUGGGGGGCAUGUGAUUAUGGUAUAUGAAAGAAUUGUUUCACUUUAACCACUGAGGUAAACAAUGAAGGGCAUAAUGAUUUAUUAGAAUGGUGUCUCUGAUUUCAUGGAAAAACAUUUUUUUCCAGAAUAUCCAUGUAAAAUUAAUGUUAAUUCGUAAUUUAUUGGAAUACCCAAGUGAUCUUACUCUUAAUCUUGACGAGUUGUUAGUCGCUAUGAUUGGUGAUUAUGUUGGAAAUAAUAUCUGGUUUAUGAUUGCUCUACGCAGCUUGUGCAAGUACCUGAUGGUUGCGUCGGGGAGAGCCUCUGUGUUCGUUCUCCGGGCGAGGGUUCGGACAAGGAUCAAGGUUUUCUGUUGA